AUGGAUCCUGAAUUAAAUCCAACAACAGCUGGCAACUCACUGAUGUAUCAAGCCAUCGAAGAUGACAAAUUGGAAGAUGUUAAAUUGUUAUUAGAAAAUGGAAUUGAUGUAAAUGAACCGAUAAUAACAACUGGAGAAUUUGCUGGAUUCACAGCAUUGCAUGUUGCAUGCAUGAAAAAUAGAGAUAAAUUGGUGGAGUUACUAGUUAAUGAUUAUAAAGCAGAUGUCAAUGCAAUGGCUGCUGACGGGAGUCAACCCAUUCAUUUAGCUUGUUUUUAUGAACCACUAGACGAAUUUGAAUUCCGGGCUGUACACCCAAACGUAGGCAGUAAAAUUCCAACAUUGGUAAAAGCUAAUGCAAAUGUUAAUGCCGAAUUUGGACAAGAAAUUUUUUCAAAGCACGUCAAAGACAGAAAAUGGUGUCCCGAUUUUGGUGAGAAAAUGCCACUAGCUGCAUAUGCUGUUAUUUAUAAUAAACCAUCAAUAAUUAAACAUCUCAAAAAAGUCAACGUAGACAUUAUAAGCCUUACAAAUAAAACAUUGCUGAUGUACCCUGCUGAAUAUGAGUGUUUUCAUUAUAUUCCAGCUAUUGUUUCAAAUGUUGAAGAUCCUGAAUUGAUGAAUAAGUUGAUAAACCACCGUGAUAAUGAUGAUGUACCGCUAACUCAUUAUCCAUUUCAUCCUAAAAAAUAUGGAAAAUAUCGAUAUGAUGAAAGUACGUUGUUACUUGAUGAAUCACUCGAUCGAAGAUUUAUGCCGUUAUUAUCAAAUUUGGGGGCUGACAUGUAUGCACUGAUAAACAAUGACCCCGCAACAUUUUUGCCCAAUAUAGCGGCUUACAGAGGUUGUCCAGUGCUACUGGAGGAUACUUUGCCUUUUUAUACUUCUAUGCCCUUAUCUAAGGCUUUAUACUACGCCAUAUAUCCUAUAGAUGUAACUCCUGAGCAUAUAAUACUUUUCCAUCCGAACGAAGUGCGACUGGAGACUCUGAUGGACAUCAGAGAUAAUCGACGUCAAUGCACAUAUAUUGCUUUAAGAAAUCUGGUCUUUAGAGGUGAAUUCAGAUUACCUGUUCCAGAAGAAGAAAUAAAAUUGAUGGAUAAGUUAAUUGCCAACCACGUAAUGCCCAGAGAGGUUGUAAAUGACUAUAAAAAAAAUUUCAUUGAAAAAGAAUUACAGGAGAGCUUUAUUAAAUUCGGCGAUAAAAAAAUGACAAUCUAUGAUUUUUUGAUGCAAGUUUUUGAUAAUAAAAAAUUAAAAAUUUUGGCUCGAGAAGAGAAUUUACUGGAUGCCCUCGAUAAAGUUUUCAAGGAGAAUGAUGAUGAUUAUAAUUUCUAUGCGACCUAUUAUGAUCCAAUUAAAACCAGGAUAAAAGAUGCUAAGGAAAGAUUAAGACAUCUCGAGAAUUUGAAGAAAAUUUCAUCACUCAGAAAAGCUAUACCGUUACCGUUUGAACUGAUAUUAUAUAUUGUUGAGUAUCUAAACAACAAACAAUUUAACUCAUUUAUAAAAGCAUUUUAUAGUUCGUAA